UACUACAAUAAUUGCUUAAAUACUAUUUGAAAUAAUUUAGCAAACAACUUAAAAGAAAAAAAAUCCAGUCUACCGUCCAAUUUUUUUAAGCAACAAUGUUUAAGGUGCCCAUUAUACCGCCUGAUUUACGUCAUGAAGAAACCAUAACCCAAGCAGCCUACGCCCUUGAUUGUCUACAAAAUACAAUUGUUACCAUUUUUGGACGUAUUGAUAAACGAAUUGAAAAAAAUAAUGUCAAAGUAAAAGAACUGCAAGAGCGUAUAAACAAGUCCCAGGCUAAAAUUAACAGUUUGCAGGGUACACGCAAGGCCAUACACAUCUAUGCACCGGCUAGAUUUCCGGCCACAGCUAUAUUCAAGGAUCUGCCAGUAACGUUUGAACAACAGGAUGAAAAAAUAGCUGAUAUACCAGGCUUCAAAUAUCAAGUUGAAAGUAAAUUGGACACAAAUUUGCCCAGUCUCAAUGAGAAAUUAAUAUUUUUUCAUGUAAGAGAUCAGAAUAGUGUGAAAUUAACAGCGGAAAAUAGUUUGACCCGAGAGCGUUGUAACAUUAAACAAAAUCAAGAUUUGGGUAAUAUGCCCUCAGACUUAAGAUCUAUACCAUCGGUAUUAUUAUUCAAUACUGACUAUAGUGUAUAUGACCUGGAUGAAUGUGAUAGCGAGUCGCAGGGACACUCGGAUGCCUGGAGACGUGCUAAACUCUUUAAAAACAAACGACAACAACUUGGCAGUAAUCAGCCAAAUUCAGCUAAGCAAAUUUUAGAACCAGCUCCACAUUCUUUAGCCAAUCGAAGAAAUGAGAAGUUGACACCUUCGGGCGGUUUAAAAUACACACCCAAAUUAAGUGAGGCGCCUGAACUUGAUUUGCCAUUGGAUUUACCAGACUUGCCAGGUAUAGCCGAUGACUUACGCUACGAAAGUCAGGAGGCUAAACAAAAAAUUGCUCCCUCAUUGGCGCUGGUAGUAGAAAAUCUACCCGAACUGACGGAAUUAAUGAAAGAUAAUGAUAAGAAGGAGCACAUUCCUAUCGAACAACAGAAUAGUAAUGCCACAACACCGCCUCCACCACCACCGCCGCCACUGCCUGUUGUACAAUUUACAGCUCCUCCACCACCUCCUCCACCCCCAGCAUUGCAGCAACAAACUACCCAAACCAAAACAGAUCCUACUAACAAACCAAAAACUGUAUCUCCUACGAAUACCGAUACGCGCUCCGAGUUAAUGGCUGCCAUACGAAAUGCUGGCGGCCUUAGAAAAGCCGCUCUACGUAAUACUGCUGCUGCUCCUUUAGCUGCUAAUGACAACGAUGUAGUCGAUAAUACACGUCCUCAGAAUGCUUCUACUAAAACUCUAAAUUCCAAUCGCAGCUCACAGGGCGGUGAUCUUAUGGCCGACUUGCACAAUAAACUAUUAAUGCGUCGUAAAGGCAUUUCGGGCUCUAAAGAUAAUCCGGACACUAAGAAUGUGAACAAUACAACAGCAACAAAUACACCUAGCGGCAAUCCAGUUAUAUCUCGUCUUUCAGCUUUAAUACCACCACCGCCUGUCACAAAACGCACAGCUCGUAAUACUGCCAAUACCUCGGAAGAGGAUGAAGACGAUUCAAACGAUACUGAUUGGGUUGAUUAAAUAAUUAUAGUAGUAUGUAUAAUUUCUAUAACAAAUGUGCCUUGUGUGUAUAAAUGCUAAUAAAAUAUCCAUUUAAAUUAAGUGAAACACAAAAUUUGUAAUAAAUUCAUAAACACAAAAUAAUUUGUUUUUAAAAUAUCUUUUAAAAAUUAUGUAUUUUAAAAUAUCUUAAAGAUUGUAAUUUAUAUUUCAAGUAGGUAUAAAUAAAUUCCACAUCAUAAUUGAAA